CGAUAGUCCAUUGUCAUGAGGAAACAAACGUUGGCAUCUACGAGGAAAAAGAAGUAAAUGGAUCAGAGAAAUAUGAGCUAGAAUGUCUGGAAAUGUUGAAGAACAGAUUGACAAAGAUCCAGGCACUAAAGAAAAAAGCCAGGAGAGAAAGAAAAAGAGAAAAUCUGGCUCAAAAGACGUGUUAACAUUUCCACCAUGUAAAGUGUGCUCAGGAAAGGCAACAGGGCUUCAUUAUGGAGUCUACACUUGUGAGCCUUGCAAGGCUUUCUUCAGAAGAGCCAUAACAGAUAAAAAUAAAUAUGCUUGUCCAAAGGACAAUAACUGUGAAAUAACUGCAGAGAAGAGAGGAAAUUGUUCAGCAUGCAGACUUCAAAAGUGCUUCAACCUGGGAAUGUCCAAGAGUGCUGUAAGACAAGGACGUUACACCAUUGAGCUCAGAACCAACACUAUUCUUGAGGUCAAAAGGCUGGCUAAUAAAACAGCAGUAGAAGUAUCUGUUGACAAUCAGAAAGACACGUCUGAUGGCCAAACCUCCACUGACCCAGCAGGAGACUGUGGAUCAUCAUCAUUGUGUGACAGCGAAACAAACCAGACAAAAUCUUCGGAGGUCCAGUCCGAUUCUGUUGAUGCAGAGUCAGACAAUAUGGAAUCAUCAGUUGAUCUUUCCUUGUUACCCUGCCAAUCUGGCUGUGGCCAAGACUCAUCAGACAGUAACUUACCACCCAAAAAGAAAGUUCGACUCAGAGACACUGUGAAUGUUCUAGAGAGUUGUGACUGUGUGGUGACCCACGGGUCUCAGAGUUUGGCCCAGGUCGGUUGUGACACAACUAUUGGUGCAGACACUGUGACCCUCUCAGAGAGACAAAUUCAGUGCUUAAUACAGACAUUAGUGAAAGCUCAUGACACAAUAUAUCCAAACUUUAAAAACUACUUUGAAAAGGAACACCAACAAUUGUUGGAAGAUAAAUUUAUCGCUGAUCAGAAGAUUCAGGAGGAUGUCUUUGGAAUUAAGAGUUUACUUGAUAAAGAUGAAUUUGAAAAAGUUUACCGAGCCACUGGUAUAGAUGUAGAUGGUCGAUUGGAGUUGCUGAAAAAGAUGUACAGUCACCGCGAGAGGUCUCUGAUGAAAUACUUCACCUUUGCUAAGUGUAUUGAGGGUUUUACGGAUCUUAGCAUGAAUGAUAAAAUAAGCCUGGUUAAAUAUGGGGAGCAUGAAUACUGGAUACUGGGACACUUUACUCACUACCAUCCAGACCUAAAGGCCACCAUCGGAAAUGAAAUUCAGAUGACAUUUGAAAACCAUAGCAAGUUAUUUGGACAGUCUCAUUCCGAAGAAAUGCUGAAAAUGUUCAACACACUGCGAGAAAUGAACUUCAUGUAUCAAGAGGUUAUACUAAUGCGAGGAAUUGUUCUGUUCUCAAGAGAUCGCAGUGCCUUGGAUGAUGCAGAUUUAGUUGAAUCAGUUCAGUGGAGGUUAAUCCAAUGUUUAAAGUACCUUUUGGAACUCUUUCAUCCCGAUGAACCAAGAAAGUUUUCUCAAUGCCUGCAAAUUCUUGUGGAUUUACGAGACCUAAGUGAGGUGCGUCAAAAAUCCCAGAAAAAACAAUACGAUGAUUACACUCUGGACAUUAUGAAGGAGUAUCCUCUCAUAUACGAGGCACUGGGGGAGUCCAUGUCUAAACUGAAGACUCAGUAAAUACCAUUAAUUUUUAUUAUGUGAUAUUGACCAAAGAGGUGUUGCUGGUAGCUGUAGUGUACUUUAAAUACAGCUGUUUUUGUGAUUUUUACUCGCCAUUGAUAAUUCACAAGCCAAAAAAAUUCAUGACACAAAUGGUCAGAUUUAAAAAGAAUUUAGCUAUUAACAAAUAGAUUUAUUCUCAAAAUUUUGGAAUUUACCGGUAAACAGUAAAACAUUGAUACACGUAGUAAUAAAUUGAAUCUCACUGAGCAUUUGUUAAAUGAUGAUCCUUGAAAAUUUAUUUUGUUAUACAUGUACCUUUAAAAAUUGUUUUCUAUAUAAAUCUAUACUAAUAAAAGUCUAUGCUAAA